AGCGACUCGACUCCGUCAUGGCGAUCAGCAAGGUCUGGAUCUCGCUGCUGCUCGCGCUCGCCGUCGUGCUCUCCGCGCCGGCCGCUAGGGCGGAGGAGGCGGCGGCCGACGUGGAGGCCGCGGUUGUGGAGGAGGCCGUGCUCACCCUGGGCGCGGACAACUUCGAUGACGCCAUCGCCAAGCACCCCUUCAUCCUCGUCGAGUUCUACGCCCCAUGGUGUGGACACUGCAAGAGCCUCGCUCCAGAGUAUGAGAAGGCGGCCCAGCUGCUGAGCAAGCACGACCCACCGAUUGUUCUUGCCAAGGUUGAUGCCAACGACGAGAAGAACAAGCCGCUUGCCUCCAAGUACGAGAUCCAGGGCUUCCCUACUCUCAAGAUCUUCAGGAACCAGGGGAAGAACAUUCAGGAGUACAAGGGCCCCAGGGAAGCUGAGGGAAUCGUUGAUUACUUGAAGAAGCAGGUUGGCCCUCCUUCAAAGGAGAUCAAGGCACCAGAGGAUGCUGCGACCAUUGAAGACGGCAAGAUCCACAUUGUUGGUGUCUUCGCUGAAUUUAGUGGCCCCGAGUAUACAAACUUCAUUGAGGUUGCUGACAAGCUGAGGUCUGAGUAUGAGUUUGCCCACACUUUGCAUGCCAACCACCUCCCACGCGGUGACUCAGCAGUGGAGAGGCCAUUGGUUAGGCUAUUCAAGCCAUUUGAUGAGCUCGUUGUUGACAGCAAGGAUUUUGAUGUUUCUGCUUUGGAGAGCUUCAUUGAAGCUAGCAGCACCCCGAAGGUUGUUACUUUUGACAAGAACCCUGACAACCAUCCUUACCUCUUGAAGUACUUCCAGGGCACUGCUGUCAAGGUCAUGCUCUUUUUGAACUUCUCCACUGGACCAUUUGAGUCCUUCAAAUCUGCCUACUAUGGUGCUGCAGAAGAGUUCAAGGACAAGGAGGUCAAGUUCCUAAUUGGUGAUCUUGAAGCGAGCCAAGGGGCCUUCCAGUACUUUGGUCUGAAGGAGGAUCAGACACCACUUAUCCUCAUUCAGGACACCGAGUCCAAGAAGUUUUUGAAGGAACAGAUUGAGGCUGGCCAAAUUGUUUCUUGGUUGAAGGAAUACUUUGAUGGUAAAUUGUCACCAUUCAGGAAGUCUGAGCCAAUUCCAGAGGUUAACAACGAGCCUGUUAAGGUUGUUGUGGCUGACAAUGUCAACGAUGUGGUCUUCAAGUCUGGCAAAAAUGUCCUUAUUGAGUUUUAUGCUCCCUGGUGUGGACACUGCAAGAAGCUAGCACCUAUCCUUGAUGAGGCAGCUGCCACUCUUCAAAGUGAAGAGGAUGUUGUCAUCGCCAAGAUGGAUGCUACCGCGAAUGAUGUGCCAGCAGAUUUCGAUGUCCAGGGUUACCCGACCCUGUACUUCGUCACUCCUAGCGGUAAGAAGGUCUCGUAUGAUGGCGGUAGGACUGCUGAUGAGAUCGUCGACUACAUCAAGAAGAACAAGGAAACUGCAGGGCAGGCGGCAGCGGAGCCGACCAAGGAGGCGGCCGCCACCGAGCCUUUGAAGGACGAGCUCUGAUCGGUCUUUUUAGCUGUAGAGAUGGGGAGGAGGAGCUGGCGCUAACAUGUUUUGACAAUACAGCUUAAGGCCAGAUUUUGCGAUGGGUGUUUUAAGAGAAGAUGAGAGUUGGUUGUUGAAUGUGUUGGCUUCGGUUUUGCCUGAUACUGUAUCCCAUUGUGAGAAUACUGUAACAAUCCAUCAGUGGUGUACUUAGUUAAUUAUCGACAAAGUGAACAGUAGAAAAUCGUUGUGGAGAGAUUGGGGCAAAUAAUAAAGUGGCGCUUCUGCUGCCUCCAGCAUCA